AUGGAAUACACGGACCCAACCACAACUGGUUCAACCAUUGGUCCCUCCUCUUCUUCAAGGCUUGCUGCUUCUCUUCCAACAGCCGUUAAGGGUCCAUGUGCUGCCUGCAAGAUCCUUCGGCGUCGGUGCACCGACAAAUGCAUGUUAGCUCCAUAUUUUCCACCCACUGAAACCCUCAAAUUCAUCAUUGCCGAUAAAGUUUUUGGAGCAGGCAACAUCGUCAAGUCCUUGCAGGAACUUCCGGAGUCGAUGAGAGCAGAUGCAGUGAGCAGCAUGGUUUAUGAAGCAAAAGCUAGAAUUCGCGAUCCGGUCUAUGGGUGUGCUGGUGCAAUUAAUCAGCUCCAAAAAGAACUGCGAGAUCUCCAAACAGAAUUGGCUGCCACACAAGCCGAUCUCGCUAUCAUUCGGUGCCAGCAACAGCAACUAAAUGACAGUAUGAGCUUCCCCGAUCAAAGCAAUUUAGGCUCACCCUGGGAAUCUUACUGGAAUUAG